AUGGAACGUGUUGGCGCUGCAAUAAGAAUUGCAUUUGACAGAGUUAAUUCUGAAAUCCUCCAUCCCAACUAUAAUCUUGUACCAGUGGAACGAGCUUAUGACGAUGUUUGUAGUGCUCGGAAUGCUACAGGUGUUGCAGCCGACCUGUUUUAUACAGAAGAUGUCGUCGCACUGGUUGGACCAGCCUGCACGUAUGCAUUGGACGGGGUUGCUAGGCUUGCGGGCUUUUGGAACAUUCCUAUUAUAACGGGCCUCGGGGACAGCGGACGAUUCAAGAACAAAACCGACUUCCCGACCAUGACGAGGUUCGCUUACUGCCAGUGUCGCCUUCGAAAGGUGUUCGGGAGUGUGUUCCGCCGCUUCAGAUGGACCAACAUCGUGGUUAUCUAUGACGUGAACGACGCACACUCUGACGUGCUAGGGGAAACACUGAGGGAGGGUCUCCAUUUAGGAGGCUACGUUCCCUACAUGCUGCAGUACUACAGCACACAAGGCACCAACAAACACAAGCUCUUGAAGCUGGCUGCUGCCAAUGCUAGAAUCAUUCUUCUGAUCGUACCGGGUAACUCCCUCCGAGCGUUCAUGCUGGCUGCAAAUGAUUUGGGCUAUUGCGCAAGUGGCGAAUUUGUUUUCUUUGAUGUCGAAUUGUUCCCGUUCAGAGGACCUUACUGGGGUAACCACCAUUGGGCAAGAAAUGAUUCAGAAGAUGCACGUGCCAAACGUGCGUUUCAAUCCCUGUUGAAGGUUUCCUUACACACGCCUACUAGAGAGGACUGGACAAAUUUCACCCAGAAUGUUGCCAACAUGUCGGAAGAAUACUACAAUUUUACUUUUGGACAGGAAAAGGUAAACUACUUUAUUGGUGCUUUUUAUGAUGGCGUAAUUCGAUACGGAAUGGCACUGAAUGAGACAAUAUCAGCUGGCAUCGACCCCCGGGAUGGCUAUGCCGUCACCAAACGCAUGUGGAACAGCACUACGCAAGGUGUUACUGGAGAUGUUAUUAUAGACAACAAUGGCGAUCGGGAUACCGACUUCGAUAUUCUAGACAUGGACCCCGAAACUGGCGAAUUCCGGGUGGUUGCCAACUAUUGGGGGAAAACACCGGGCUAUUCGCCGGUUAAAGGAGUAUCCAUCCACUGGAGCGGCGGGCAGCUGACACCUCCCCUAAACAUCCCACACUGUGGGUUCGCCGGUGAGGGUACCGGCUGUGAACAUUCAGAAGGCUUGUCGGCGUUCGCCAUUACCCUGAUGGGCUUGUUGGGAGCUGCCGUCGUCAUCCUCACAGUGGGGUUCUUCCUGUACCGGAUAUCUAGUUUUCUAAAUUUUACGGGGAAGCAUUCCCCCGAACCCCCUAGAAACUGCUUUUCGCUCUCGACCUCACUGUGGAAUCUUGCCAAUUCCUCCAAUGGCCUGAGUAAUAAUCGUGUUGGUUUCAAUGACGUCGGCAAGCAGUACUUCACGCGCACAGCCACGUACAAAGGCGCUCGAGUAGCUGUAAAGAAGCUAGCUGUUGACAAGAUUGAUCUCACCAGACAGCUCUUACUCGAAUUAAAACAGAUGAGAGAAACGCACCACGAGAACUUGGCACAAUUUAUAGGAAUCGUGCUGGGAACCAGGAAAAACUUCAUUAUCACAGAGUACUGUUCAAAAGGAAGUCUGCAGGAUGUUCUGCAAAAUGAGGAUAUUAAACUGGAUUGGACUUUCAAAUUGUCUUUACUGAGAGAUAUCACCAGGGGUAUGUCGUUUUUGCACCACUCGAACAUCAAACAGCAUGGGAGACUUAGAUCACCGAACUGCCUUGUUGACAGAAAAUUCGUCCUUCAAAUCACAGGGUUUGGACUUCCCACAUUAUACGACGAAAGUGAAAAUGGGCAAGAAAAUGCCUCCCAUGCCUACUUUGAAAAGCUUCUGUGGGUUGCGCCAGAGCACCUGAAGAACAACUUGCGAGCCGGGGGGUCUCAGAAGGGUGACGUGUAUAGCUUUGGGAUUAUUCUACAGGAGGUCAUCACGAGGACUGCGCCGUUCAGCAACUGGCGCAUUCUCAUGGAAGUUAAAGAUGUACUAAGCGUUACAUAUGGAGGUGUACUGAAAAUGCUGAGUGGCAAGAAAUACCCCCAGAAUGUCAGAGCCCUCAGGAUGCUGGUAGAAGAACUACUUCGACACGUCUUUGCCAAAUAUGAUUUGGAAAGCAUGGGUUAUCUUGAACAAAUUUUAGAUGAUAUUGCAUCUCAGAAUAGAACAGCAAAGCUCUGGGUGGAUUGUCUCAUCAAGCCCCUCUUUACAAUUCUCAAGGAGAUCAUCUACGCUAGAGCCAUGGACUUGCAGUCCAGUGCACGCGAUCUCGAUACAGACGCUCUGAUGAGUCAUGAACUAUCACCUGUCCUUACGUCCAUGUUCGAUGAGAAUGGAAACAUGAGGGAUGCCAAAACCAAAUCCAAUCUCAAGAAUGCCCUCAAAGUGGAAAUGUCAAGGAGGCUGGCUGAAAGAGAUGUGCAAGCGAUAUUCCUCGAUGGGUGUGCUGUCGUCUGGGUAGUGCCUUGGCCAUCAACUGGAACUAUACAGGACUACCUUGAUCGGUUUCGCAGUUACCUUCACAAGCAUUUGGCAACACGUGACGUAUAUCUAGUUUUCGACCGGUACAUUGAGGGUAGUACUAAAGAGACAACGCUUCGUGGCAGGGACAAGUCAGCCAGCAGGGUGUACACGUUACGUUGCACAGCUAGUCUACCACCGCAGAAAGUCAUCUUUACCGUCAUCACCAAUAAAGUACAACUGGCAGUGAUCCUGUCCCUUAUUGGCAAGGGAAUAGCACUUAAAGUUUUGAGAUCUGGUAAACACAGACUCAACUUGUUGGGCAACACAGACGCAGAAGUAUCUUUCUCGGAUAUCACAGAGCAAGCCACACACUUCAUGCUGGCCUGCUAUGGUCAGUCAAGUUGUCGGUCAUUCACAGAAGCACGACGAAAAGUGUGGGCGCUCAAAGUUGAUAUGGUGGAGCGGAUUGUAGAAAAAUCCGAACCUCCGUUUCGACCCCAGGUGGAGAAGUCGGCGUGCCCCGCGGGUUUGUACACCCUCAUGCUCAGGUGCUGGUCGAAUAACGCGGAUGAGAGACCGAACUUUGAGUUAAUUGAAAAAACAAUCAAACGACUACAAGGGAAGAAGGACCACAACAUCGUAGAGGUGCUCAUCAACCGACUGGAGGGCUACGCCGCCAACCUCGAGGUCAUCGUCGAGGAGCGCACGCAGCAGCUGUUUGCCGAGAAACGCAGAUCAGAAAUGCUGCUCUACGAGAUACUACCUUCAUCUGUGGCCAACCAGCUAAAACAAGGCUUAGCAGUCAUCCCGGAGACGUUUGAAGCGGUGACCAUCUACUUCAGUGAUAUAGUGGGAUUCACCUCCAUAUGUGCAGCUAGUUUACCCAUGGAGAUAAUUAAUUUUCUAAAUGACCUAUACUCAUUAUUCGACAGCAUCAUUGACAACUAUGAUGUGUAUAAGGUGGAGACUAUUGGUGACGCAUACAUGGUAGUGUCGGGGCUACCCAUCAGGAACGGUCGGCGCCAUGCCGUGGAAAUCUGCAGAAUGGCUCUUGCUUUCUUGAAAGGCGUCAAAGUGUUCACUAUUAAACACAUGCCGCAGACUAGGCUGCAAGUCAGAAUUGGAAUCAAUUCAGGACCGUGUGCGGCAGGUGUAGUCGGUUUGAAGAUGCCGCGAUACUGUCUGUUCGGAGACACUGUGAACACCGCGUCGAGACUGGAAACCACCGCAGAAGCUGGACAAAUUCAGAUCAGUGGCGAUACAAAAAUAAUCCUAGAUCGAGUUGGAAAUUUCGUUACCAAACUUAGAGGAGAAAUCCAUUUCAAGGGCAAAGGAACACAGAUCACGUACUGGCUAGUCGGAGAAGGUCUAGGCAAUGAACAAAGCUUAUUGCCCGAAUGCUUUGACCGCAACAAAUGA